AUGGAUAAGUACUGGUGGGUGCUAUUUUUUGCCACCGUAUAUGCGGUAGUGUUGUGGGCGCUCAACCGUGUGCCCCACGUCCAGGUGAAGUACAUUGGGUGGAUGCUGCUCCACGGCGUCACCAUCAAUGAUCGCCACGCCGAUAUCGAAAUUGGCCGUCUCCGCCUCUCCAUCCGUAUUUUCAGAAAAGCGGAGCUGACACGAUGGAUCCAUAUCGAGUUCUCCGACGUCGAUAUCGCCCUCAAGCACAGGACGAGAAAAGUAGUCACCACCAACGAACCGCCCAAUGUUGACGACUUGGUCCACUUGUUGGGUAAUCUCGUCAUUCCUCGCGGCGUGUGGCGCUACUUGCUGAGGUUCAAGCUUGUCAACCAAGUGGUUGUCCAUGUGUUCCGGUCGCGCGUGCUGGCGCCGAACCAUCCGCAAUUGCUCAUCGAGUACCUGAGGGUAGCCAACAUAUGGUUGAAUGAUACCCGGUUCCGGUUUUCCGUAUACUUUUUGGAUGGGUUUUACCGCGAUUCCGAGGAAGCCGCCGAAGUCGCAGAGAAUCUGUGGUGGCGCCGCUGGCUUGACCGCCGUUUCGCCAACCAGGCAAAGCUUGCCCUUUUCAGAAGCUUGGAACUUUCAAUUGAGGCGCUGGUGAUUGCUCGUUGCGACCUUAAGCACCCGAAUAAGAUUGUAUUGGCGUUUCUGGACUUUAACUUGAAUGUGUCGUUAGCGAAACUCCACCUCGAAUUGGACCAGCUUGACUUGGACGGCUUACGUAGCAAGAAGCAGCCCAAGGGAGAGGAAAUUGUUGGACCAGACGGACAGCCGGUGCCUCAUCAGCAUCGCAAGUUGCCUAUGCUCACCAGCGACCAUAACCAGCUCCUCGCUUUCCUUAAAGGGGCUAAGUUUAAGAUUGACGACGUCCAGGUGCUGUACGGCGACUUUGAGUGUCUGUUAGUCGACUUCACUACUGCCUUCAAUCCUACGCAAUUUGGCGAGAUCCCUGUGAGUAAGGGCGCUACCAGGCUUCAGUUGCUGGUGUAUCUCACUGCGCUUAAGGCGUUUCACUGUCGCAGUCAAUGUGUUGAUAUCCCCUCGAUUGCCUAUAACAGCAAUGGUGACGUCGUCGACUUCUACAACUCAGUGGCGGCGUUUGCCAAUCACACUCCCGCCAAGAUCAACAUCGAGCUGAGUUUGACAGUGCUGCAGCCCAAGUUCGACGUCUUCUACGACCAAUAUGAGCAUAUGUUGCGUACGGACGAGAAGCAUUUGACCGAGGAAAUCAUCCAUGCUCAGAACGACCAGUUGCCAGGGAGCACGCCCCCACGUUCCCCCACCUCGGAAAAGCCGCCUCAUCAUCCUCAUCACAUCCCCGAUUGGGUUCACCGCUUGCUUGGUAGUCUUGAUUCGGUGCUGCUUAAAUUUGUCGUGGUUGAUUUGAUUAGUAAUAUUCACCUACCGGUUCCUGGGGUGGAUAAGACCACGAAGUUUAAUCGGGCGCUGACGGAGAAUCUUGUGGCCCAUGUGAAGAUUCUGCUGAUAGUCCAUCGGAUCUACACUCGAGAUUUCAAGAACAUUACGCUGCCGAGUAUUGUCUCCAAGAACCGGUUAUACCUGGUGUUUUUGAUUAAGAACUGGCAGAUGGAUGCUUUGAAAAACUCAUUCCAUUUACCUAAGCUCAAUCUUUUGACGACUACUGAUCUGCAUCAGUUGAAGCUCCUGUUCAAGCUCCAGCUGAAAGCUAUCAGAAUGCGUUCCGUUAACGACGUGUUCUUCCGCAUUGUCCGUCACAUCCGCAACCAGAAAAUUGAGCACUACAAUCGCAAGUAUGGCCACUUAGCCAACAACCAGCAGCAUCCACAACUGCCGCUGACGCCUCACCAGAAACCUGUUAGUUAUGUGGAGGGGUUUGAGACUCGCUACUGGCUGUUAUUUGAAAAACUACCUCCGUGGGUGCUGCGGUGUACGAUGCAAAUAGACUCGAUCCAAGCCGAUAUCCUUUGUAAGGACGGGUUGCCACACCAUGCUGUCUUUGACGAAGCUUUACAGCGAGAGAUUGAUCUUGGUGACUUUAAACGGGGGAUGCUGAUUAGAGUGGAUGAUAUUGACGUGUACUUGAGUCGACGCCGCCACGCCAUGUCUACCCGUAUCAAAAUGAUCCAGGCGUUCACGUUGCUGGAGUUCUCCAACGAGUUCAUCGUCGAUUUCGACGACGUUGCUGAGUACCAAGGACUGGACCUGGAGUUCACUGAUGCCCUGAGUAUCGAACUGACAGCGCUGAUGAUUCUGGAUCUGAUUGGCAAAGAACUGCAAAAGAUCAAACGGGUGUUCCAGGUGCAAGACUUAAAGCUUACCAGUAACGCGCCUUCUGGACACAACCACGAUGGUCCUCACACUGACCCCGUUGGUGGGGCGACACUGGCUGCCACUGCCGACCAGUGGAAGCUUGUGGUAUUUGAAGUUGAUGCUCGUAUCGAUAUGUUCUUUGUGUGGUGUGCCUGUUAUGCCCGACUGCUUUUGAAAGUGUUUCUGCCUACUGUCAAACGGCAAGUGCUGAAAGAGGCCGUUGGCGCUAUAUUGGGACACAAACGAGUGGUCAAACUUGACUUGGACAUCGGUCUGGUGCUGAGUGUUAUUCGGUUGCCCAACACGGUGGACGUGAUGGUGGAACUCGACCAUAUUCGCGGGGAUAACUUUAUGGUGAUGCCUCAGCUCAAGUUCGACUAUAUCCGGUUGUAUGCCGUCCACCCAAUGACGAAGUACUGGACUAGAGUAUUGGUGAUGACGGGUGAACCCAUCAUCAAAUGGCGCAAGGGGCCGCUGGCGGCACAGCUGCUGUACGACAUUCUUGCUGAGCUGAUCCGGAUCUUGGUGCCCAACCAAUACGCAAUGUUCACCAUCAUUGACAACUUGAUUACGUUCUUUAAGGCGAUCAAACAAGUGAAACACAACUUCAACACUCAGCUGACCGAUAUCAACGACUACGUGAGACUCAUGCCGAAAGCGAAACACGGCAAACACAUCCCCAACAUUGACAUUUCGGCGAAACUGUUUGGCGUGGUGAUUGAACAUGACCCGUUCGAAGUGGAGUUGCUGAUGAUCUAUGAGUUGGGACGGGUAGAACAGAUCGACCGCAUCCGUAAGCUCAAGUUCUUCGAAGUCUACGGGGCGCUGUUGCUUGCAGCUGGGGGCGACUUGCUGCGACUGACUCUGCAACAGCUGGAUAGUGCUCCGGCUCUGCCUAGUAUGUCUGCUAUUGACGAGAAGAUUACUUUGAGUGACGAGCCGGCACCAAGCCAGCUUGGGCGCAGUCGAACCGGUACGACGCUGAGUAGGUCUGGCGGCGCCAGUGGCGGUAAAGCGGGAAGACUGAAAACGUUUUUCAAGAAGGUCUUCCAAGAGACCGGCCAUUUCCGCGAUCGAAUUCUCCGCUUGCGUCAACGUGAUAUCCCCCUCGGUGAUGUCUACGACAAGAUCCCGGAACACCUGAAUCGUACCAGUGAACGGACUGUAGCUGAGGCUAAAGCUCGUCUUAAUCAAGAGAUUGGUAGUCUGUGGAUCGAGCGCUACCGAAGUUUCCGCCGCAACAAGGUGGAGGAGGCCGACCUCGAGCGCAGACGCUUGUUUGGUGAGGACAAGGUGCUGAAGGUGAUGACGGACAAAUACGAUAUCUUGGAUAUACCCGAAGGCCCGCCGUUGUUUAGGGCUGUGUUCCAUCAACUUGACUGGGCAAUCGGCCCAGCUCGUAUUGACUCUGUCGACGAAUUCUUGUACACCUGGGCUAAGGGGCAACCGCUGGUGGACUACCUGAUUUUGUUGCCAUUAUACAUUGAGUUGCGAGCGCUGCUGUUUUCCGUCCAGCUUGUCGACUACCCGCUCCCAUUGAUUUGUUUCCCUGAACUGAGACAGCGACCUCCCAAACCCCCGACAAUGGUGUUGAAGGGUAACUUGGUGAUUAACGAGAAGCUUGUCACUCGCGUUGAGGAGAUGCGUCACAUUUUCGUCCCCUUCUCUCCCGCUGCUCCUCGUGGCGACAACGCCGAUGUGUUCUACCUGGCAUUCAUACCCCGGACGUUGCAACCGAUUAAGUUCUGUAUGGAUUUGCGCUGGGACAUUAAUACCGACCGUCCCUGUAUCUUUGGCUGGCUGAAAUCGGUUAGUCCUGCAGUGCUGGCGGCUGCUCAGGCGUUGGAUAACUUUUCGAAGCCCCCCGUCGAUUUGCUGCCGCUUGGAUGGUGGGAUAAGUUUGGUCUCAUCAUGCACGGGCGACUCAACUUCUACAUUCCCAACGAGUUGGCAUUACAUAUCCGUCUGGGUAAUUCGCCGUACGCGUUACUGGGCAAGAACCUGGGUUUUGUUUUCAGUUGGAGAAACAACGUCACCUUCAAGAUUUUCGACUCCCAAGUGCGUCAAGAAUUGUUGCGUUUGGAUCUGGAGGACUUUGUGCUUGCUGUUCCUAAUUACCAUGAAGUCGGCCGCCAGGCCGAGCUGAAGGAUGAGCCAUAUCUGGUGGUUGAUAUCACCGAUAACCGUUACUUGAAGGUGGUAGUCAGGCUUGCCAGUGUUGACCGCGUCCGGUGGACGUUUGGUAUGAUCUACGAGCGUAACGUCGACCAUCUGGAUGAAUUGGGCGACCACAAAAAACGUACUAGUGCGUUUAUGCCUCACUAUAAUGUGCUUGUGGGUAAUCCUCAGUAUUGCGGUGACCGUGACUCUUACGUCAAUUUCCGUCUGGACUAUAUUCACAUGGCAUUUAGCGUGGUGUGCAAGCUGCCGGAGCAACCCGAGAAGCUGUUUUCCAAUGGGUACUUCACUCCUUUGGCAUUCCUGUAUUUCUACUAUUGGUGGCACCUGAUCCACAGGGGCAUCUCAUUACCGGUACGCCAGGGGAAGUUGUUCGCCAAUAUUGGGGUGCACAAGAAGAAGAUCCACGUGAAAAUGUCCAAGCAUAUAUACACGGUGAAAUACUUGUUGACGUUUAACCCGAUGAAGAUCUCACACAUGUACAUGCACCCGCUGGACUUGCUGCAACAGCUGAGAACUCAGUUCACCGGUUUGAAAGCCCGGUUCGAGACGUGUGUGAUUGACUUACACCAGCGGAAAGAGCUCAUUCCUUAUGUUCAUGAAGAGCUUUGUGUCAAUAAUAAGGUGCCGCACUUGAAGAUGAAUAAAGGGGAGAUUAACGGUGAUCUUGUUGAUUUGCGUAUCCAGACGGCCACAUUCAACAAUCCCCUGAUGGAAGGGUUCCAAAUGUCGAUGCGGGGCCCUGAUGCGGCUAGCUUUGACAACUUCAUGGCCGCUAACCCGCACUUCCUGUACUCGCUGAAGUACACCCAUUUCACUCGGCCACCGAUGUCCCACGAAGACUGGAUCCGCCACAAAGUACACGUGUACGACAACGACUAUCUGUGGAUUGAUUUGGACGAUUUUGUCGAGCUUGAGUUCCUGAUGCCGUUGGAGCCUGACCCUGAUAUUGUACUUUUGCUGUUUGCCUUCUCGCCUAAGUUGCUGUACUUCCGCGAGUUCUCCUUGAACAAGGAAGGUCCUUACCCGUUUGGUAAUGAACCCCUGCAUAAGUGUACUAUCGGCCAAGAGAAUCCCGCUUUAACUCAAGCUCAUUACUUAGAGGAACGUGUGAGUCAAUUGAAAGAGGAGUUGAAACACGCGACCACGGAAACUGACCGCCAGAUUCUCAACGAGAAGAUUGAUGUGGUGGAACUGGUGUGGGAGCUGAUCUCCGGUCAUUACGUGCUGAGAAGCCAGCUGCGCCGCAGCAGUACUCUGAGUCAACGCUUAGACCACUUGAGUGAUGAAUUAACCCGGGUGAGAUCGACGCCGUUGCUGGUGUACAGUCUGCAUGUGCUGGAAGCUGAAUUGGAAGAAGCACUUCAUUUGGACGCCGAGGCGCAGAAGUUCCGUAACCGGUUCAUUGUCCAUAACAUGAGACUCAAAUGGAACAACCAGGUGCGUAAUAACUUCAAGACGUACUUGGAACAGGUGGCUGAGAGAAAGCUGGCGGUUUACUACAUGACAAGAAAGGCAGUUGACUACGUUGAGCUGAUUUUGAAGGAGAAACGCAAGGAAUUGGAUGAAGAACAGCGGGAAAUGUUGGGGCUUGAGCGUGCCAAUCUGAUGCUGGAGCACGACCGGCGCCGCUAUGGCGAUAAGCGCAGUCACCGCGCCAAAGAACCGAGCUACAAGCCGGACGACUUCCUCAACGCCCAAGAUGUUGUCGACCGCUUCUAUGACGGCCUCACCAAGCUUAUCCUGCGGAAGUUGGAGAUUGAAGAUAAGUACUUGGUCAAAUUUACUCACCCGCAGAUCCAACUCCGCAGUGAACGUGAAAACGACCUGGCGCUUAUCGUCACCACACGUGACUUGCAGAUCCGUAUCUUAUCAGUGGUUAAUCGGUUGAACGACAGUCUGAGCUCUAUCGCCGGCGACACCGACACAGAGGCUGACGGUGACGACGAUGACGACGCUAGUGUUGCAUCAACCACGGGCGUGUCCACGGUGCUGAAAGUGCAGCUCCCUCUCGCGCUGGCCCAGGCGCUGGCACGCCUCCCGCUGAGAGCGGAACUGACGGGUAACGAGGUCGACAACCAAGGCGACCCGGUGGUGACUGACGACGACGUCACCAACAUCUACGAGUACCGCUACGGGGUGUUGCUUGAGGACUACCAGGUGUUUGUGUUUAGAAAGCACGAAAUCCACGCGCCGCUGGCGGGGUACGCGCUGCUGUUCUUGGAGCGCCACUCGUUGUGGCCGCCUUGGCUCCACGUUGAACUGUUCUACGACCCGCUGUGGGUGCAAAACCAGUUGGUGAUCGAGCGCAACUCGUUGGGUAUUGUCUACACUAAGCCCAACGGCAUGUACCUUGAACACACCCACCCUCGUCAAGAAAACAAGUGUGACAUCAUCGAAGUGCAAUUGGCUAAGAUUGUGCUCAACGCUACUCUGCAGCAAUACUCGACCAUCUACUAUGUGGUAACCAACUUGUUAAUCCACUCCAAGGACUCCCACGACGACGUCAUCAACUGGUUGGACAAGAUGGUGCUGCUUACCGACCCGCGUACUUUCAUUGGUCUCAACAAAUGGGUGGCGGAGCUCCAGAACCUGAUUCGCGACUUGCGCAAGCUCCUCAUCGAGUUGGACUACGAAGGGCAACUGCACCGCACCCAGAGAGACUAUGUGCGCCUCACCUACUUCCUCAUUCACCAGCAAAUCGAGUUGUAUGCCAUUGUCCGAGGCAUUUCCAUGGCAAAUGUUGGUAACAAGGAACCUCAGGCUGACCGUAAGCCUAAGAAUCACCAGGCGUGGAACAUCAUGGUCGACCAGAUCAUCUGGCACGUGCUUGGGCCCCAGAGAGACCCCAUGGUCGACAUUGCCUUGCAUAACUUGCUGUUCCUGAAGUGGGACGCCUACGACGGCUCCAAGGCCAACAAGGUGGAGGUGGCGUUGCUCCAAGGGUUCAACUUGCUGAAGGGGGUCACUUACCCGGAUUUGAUCGCUCCCAUCCAGGAAGGUGGCGACCCCCUGAAGCCGUUGGUGAGUGUGCAGUGGCGUAAACUCCUGCCAGUCGGGGGUAUUCCGAUCAUUGAAAACGCCGACGUGAGAAUUCAGCCGCUCCGGGUCCAGUUGGACAUGAAGAGUGCCAAGUUCCUCCACCUGUAUAUGUUCCCUGAUGACGACUCCUUGAGUGACGAUAGCGACCCGUGGAGUCUGGGCCCGCUGCUGGAAGAACACCUGUUGGCGCUGGUGCGUUCACCGGUGGCGUACCUGCCAGCGCCGGAAGAGCACGAGGGCCACUCGCUGAAGCUGCCGCUUAAGCCGUUGCGCCACUUAUUCAAACGACACAGCACUCACGGCGACGGCAGUCCUCCCGGCGGCAGCCAGCUGCCCUCGGAGCUUCUGCGCGCCAGCUCGACGCUGCUGCGUAAGCACAGCAAGUUCCACCGCAAGGUGGGCGAGAUGCCCGCCGAGGGUGAGAAUGACGACGUCCAGGAGAUCUUUGACCGGUCUCUGCGCUACAUGCUGAUUGUCGAUAUCGACGUUGCCGACUUCACCUUGGUGGUGUCGUUUGACCCGCCUAAACACCUUAAGAUCCUCGAUGUCCAUAAUUUGAAGUUGCUGAUCCCGAGGCUCCAGUACCGCGAUAAAGUGUGGCUGCUGGAGGACAUUGUGCUCCAGGUGCGCAAGGACGUGAUUAAGGUGUUGUUAGCCCACACCGGCAAGAUCCUCGGCAACAAGUUGAAGCCGCGUCACCGCAAGCGCCUCUCGGAGCCGCUCAAAAUGAUUUCGGAUUAUUCGCUGUUUAUGACGGUGAAUGACCUUCAGGAGGACGGCCGCCUGCGCGAUCUGCUGAAGACGACCACGCACAACCAUCCGCACAUGAAACCGAAGGUGGUUUACCAUAAGCACCGCCCCCACUUGCCGUUGGAGCGCCAAGAGCUGCUGCUGCCGCUGACGACGGGUCUUGAGAAGGUGUUGCAGGAGAUCGCCGACGAGAACGACGACGACGACGACGACACGGUGCGGCCCUACGUGCCGGCAACUAAGAAAAAACCCACGUUUGUCGAGUCUGGUUAUGACAUGUGA